AUGAACAACAACAAUAACAACCCCCCGAACCGCCUGCAGUUGAACUUCGGCUUCAGUGACCGCAACAACAACAAUGCCAACUACGCCGCCGACGCUGGCCGCGCCUAUCCCACCACGCCCUCGACCUUCCCCCAGCCUGUCUUCCCCAACCAGGCAGGCCAGCAGGAGGUCUGGGGCACUCAGCAGCCGAACAAUGGAUACGCCCCAGGCUACUUCGCCCCCCCUACGGCCGCCUACUCGGCCGGCUAUCAGCAGCAGCAGGGUAAUCUCCAAGCUCCCUCCGCUGCCUACCGCGCACCGCAGUACAACGACGGCACCAAUGGCUUAGUCCACCAGUUCUCUCACCAGAACCUGGGUGGUGGCCGUUCGGCGAGCCCUUACAGCCGCCAACCCUCCCCCAGCCAGCGUCCAAGGACCGCUGGAGCUACUGGCCAGCAGUACAGCAGCUAUCUCAACUCGCAAAUGCCCAAUGCCCCUCGACUCCCAUCGCUCUACGAUGAGGAGCCACCCGCAAAGUCGGCCGAGAAGUACUCGGAGAACGUCCUCCGCCAGGCAAAGGUGUCGGUUGGCCUUGUCAGCACUUUCUUCAAGGACAGCGUCCAACGAGCGCGGGACAGGAACCAGAGGUCUCUCGAUUUGGAUGGAAUCAAGAGCAACCCUUCAAUCUCUGAGUCACGCAAGGCACAGCGGGAGCGGGACAUGCGUCGGGCAGAGGCUGAGUAUCUUCGCUUCCUGAGGACCAAGGAAAAGCCUGAGAAUUUCUCGACUCUCAAGAUCAUUGGAAAGGGUGCAUUUGGUGAGGUCAAGCUCGUCCAGCGGAAGAAUGACGGCAAGAUCUACGCAUUGAAGUCUCUGGUCAAGUCUGAGAUGUUCAAGAAAGACCAACUAGCUCACGUUCGGUCGGAGCGAGACAUUCUUGCCGAGUCUGACAGUCCUUGGGUUGUCAAGCUGCAUACUACCUUCCAGGACAACACCUUCUUGUACAUGCUGAUGGAGUUUCUUCCUGGAGGAGAUCUCAUGACCAUGCUGAUCAAGUACGAGAUCUUCACUGAGGACAUCACCCGCUUCUACAUGGCUGAAAUCACUUUGGCAAUCGAGGCCGUCCACAAGCUGGGAUUCAUACAUCGUGAUAUCAAACCCGACAACAUCCUGCUCGACCGAGGCGGUCAUAUCAAACUUACAGAUUUCGGUCUCUCCACCGGAUUCCACAAGGAGCAUGAAGCAGGAUACUACAAGAAGCUUCUCGCUGGUGGCACACACAAAUCGAACCGAGACAACCGAAAUUCCAUGAACCUUGAUCAGAUCCAGUUAACGGUCAGCAAUCGUUCUCAGAUCAACACAUGGCGAAAGUCCCGUCGACAGCUCGCAUAUUCUACUGUCGGCACACCAGACUAUAUCGCACCAGAAAUCUUCAGCGGACAAGGCUACGACUACAGCUGUGAUUGGUGGUCUGUAGGAACUAUCAUGUUCGAAUGUCUGAUCGGUUGGCCACCUUUCUGCGCCGAGGAACCCCAUGAUACGUAUCGGAAAAUCGUGGACUGGCCUCGCAACUUGCACUUCCCUCCGGACCAACAGCUCGGCCCUGAAGCGGAAGACUUCGUCAAGAGACUCAUCUGUGACGCCGACAAUCGCUUGGGUCGUAUGGGUGGAGCUCACGAGAUCAAACAACACCCCUUCUUCCGAGGCGUCCAGUGGGACGGUCUUCGCCGAAUCCGUGCUCCGUUCGAGCCAAAGCUGUCAUCGAACGUCGACACGCAAUAUUUCCCGAUCGACGAAAUCGACCAGAACGACAACAGCGCUGCCCUGCGCGCUCAGACCGCGCAGGCAGGCGACGACCUUGCUGCCGAGAUGAGCCUUCCCUUCAUCGGCUAUACGUACAAGCGAUUCGACGCAUUCCGAGGUUCUUAG